ACGCCUCUGGAGCUCAAUGUGUGCGGCUUUCCUCCGCGAUCUUGCGAUCUUGCGGCUGUCAAGAUCAUUCUCUCAUCUGGUGGUGAGGUGAGGGUCUAGAUGCAUUGAAGAGUUCUUCUCACAUAGGUGUCAUAUCUUGAUACGAUGGUGGUUCACCGUGGUUGAUGUGGUUCUAUCGUGGAAAGUUGUGCCCCUGCAGUGCUUUGUCAAUUUAAACAUCGUCCAGAUAUAAAAACUAGAAAAGCAAGGGCAAUAUUUUUAAAUCUUGAUUUGAGCUUCUGACUUUGUCAGUUAUCCUGAUCUGUUUGCUGUUCCUGAACACCUGUGAAUGUAUUUCAAGUGGUUCACAUAUAUUUGAAAGUAUAUUUUUGAAUGAAACUUCUUAUUGAAAUAGAGAGAGAUAGAGAGAAUGACAUCAUGCCGGCUACAGACGGAUCGUCAGAAUCUGGUCAAGAGGCGGUAGAUGCAGUGGUUGAUAGCCUGGAUAUGCUAGGAAACUCUACCCAUGCACAGAGUGUUGAUUUACUAUUUCUCAAAGAAGUGAUGAAAAGUAGACUCAUGAAGAACCUUAUCAAGGCUCAUGAUACUCUUGAAGACACAGAACUGAAGCCUCAUAGAAUGGACAGUCUUGGCUUAGCAGCAGACAUCAUGGCAGAACUGACUCAGAUCAUUGGAUGUGAUAAUGGUGCUGCUGAACUUGCAGGGAUACUUCAAGAUCUCAACUUUAUUUCAUUACUGAGGACCCAUGACGACAUAGCAUCAGGGAACCUUGAUUCAUCAUCAGAGUUUGAUGACCACACCCAAGAUUUCUAUACCCCUGACUUCAAUGCGACGGGGGAUGCAAUUCGCAUGGUUGGCAUCAGGAAAUCAAAAGAUGAACCACUGGGUGUUACAUUCAAGGUAGAGGAUGGAGAGAUAGUAGUAGCAAGGAUAAUACAUGGAAGCAUCAUUGAUAAACAAGGUUUAUUACAUGUUGGUGAUGUCAUUCAAGAGGUUAACGACCAUGAUGUCAGCAAUGACCCAGAUGCCUUGAGGAAACAUAUCAAGAAAGCUGAAGGAAGAGUCACAUUAAAGAUUCGUCCAAGCUAUCAAGACUGUAUUAUGCUACCUCCAAUUUAUGUUCGAGCAUUUUUUGACUACGACCCUUCCAAUGAUACCUUGGUGCCAUGUCAGGAAGUUGGCUUGCCAUUCAGAAGAGGAGACAUUCUAUGUGUGGUGGAGAGAGAUGAUAUGGAAUGGUGGCAGGCCUAUGUUGUAGGGGAUGAAGGACAGUCGGGCCUUAUUCCAAGCCAAGAUCUAGAAGAAAGAAGGAGAGCAUUUGUACCUCAUGAAAACAUCUAUACAAGUGAACUGGUUGCCUGCGGAUUGGUCAAAUCCAAGAAGAAGAAACGUGAGAAGUAUGAGACAAGAAAGAACCACCAGUUUGAUCGAUCAGACAUUGUAAUCUAUGAAGAAGUUCAGGAGAUGCCACCGUUCCAGAGGAAGACUAUAGUUCUUCUUGGUGCUCAAGGGGUCGGUAGGAGAACACUUAAGAAUAGACUCAUAGAACAUGAUCCAUCAAGAUUCGGUGUUCCCAUCGCCCAUACAACAAGGCUUCCAAGACAAGGUGAGAAGAACGGAGUUGACUAUCACUUUGUCCUCCGCAGUGAAAUGGAGAAUGACAUCCUUAACCAUCGAUUCCUAGAGUAUGGAGACUUUGCUAACAACCUUUAUGGCACAACCUUUGACUCCAUUCGAGAGGUCAAUCAGAAAGGUCAAAUGUGUGUGCUAGAUGUCAACCCUCAGACAUUGAAACUUCUGAGGAACAGUGAAUUCUUGCCUUUUGUAGUGUUUGUAGCAUCCCCAGAUCUAGAAACUCUUAGAAUAUUACACGAAGCAGCUGCAUCAUCAGAAAAACAUGUCAUGGAUGCAGACCUACAGAAGACGGUUGAAGAGAGCGCUCGUAUCCAGAGACUGUACAGUCAUCUCUUUGAUUUCACCAUCGUGAACAGUAAUCUCAAUGAAUCCUGCCAGCAACUAUGUGAAGCACUGAGUGCCUUGGCUCAUCAACGGCAAUGGGUUCCUAUCGAUUGGGUCUACGAUGCCCCCUGACACCACCUGUAUGGAUGUAGUGGUGGUGGAGAUGGUGCACAAAACACCCUCUCGAUGCACUCCCUGGUAGAGUAGGGAGGAUAGACACCGAGACACAGACUGAGCUACGCAACCGAAUGAUAGGCACACAGAUACGAGGAAUAUCAUUGAGAUUCUAGCAAAGAUAGUGCACCCAAGGUUCCUUCAUUGCACUCAUUUGUAUGGGAUAUAUGGAUAGGAUUACGCUGCGUUCCAUAGUACAUGGCCACAUGAUAGAUAGUGAAGACGGGAAAAAUGAUGGAGGUAGUUCACAUAUUCCUUGCACAUUUAUAAUCAAGCAUGAGGAGAUAAGAAGCCAAUACUGCAAAAAUAAAGCAUACCCCAAAUAAUGGAUUGCUUGAGUCUACCAUAUCACUUUAACUAAAAUUCUGUGGUAUUUAUAUUUCUCUACUGCUUGUAGCAAUGAUUAUUACACAGAGAUGAAAUGUUCAUCGGGGCGUAUUUCAGGAAGAUGUAGAUGUGACUACAAAGUGCACUUCCAUUCCUAGUUUUUUGCAUGUAUUAUGACAGCAGCAAUCUUGGGAACGUUUCAUAAAGAGUUGCAACUGUUGUAACUUUGCCAUUAUGAUAGCUACACGGAAACCUUGAUUUUGAUUGGCUG